CGGGGCGGGACGCCUCUCCCGCGAUGCCGCCGGGCCGUGUCCCCCCGGCCCGUACAGCCGCGGCUGGGGAGAACAAAAGGCAGGAGCGGGAGGAGGCGCGGGGAGGAGGGCAGGCGGCCACGGUGGGGAUAAAAGGCUCAGCGGGGACACCCACCCCCCCCCCCCGCCCCAUGUCCGAUCCCGCUCCGCCACCCGGCAUGGCCCGUCCGCCGCUGCCCGCCGCCGCCGCCUUGCUGGCCGCCGCCUUGCUGCACUGCGCGCCCGCCGCGCCCGCCCGCCGCCACAAGCCGGACAUGUCUCGAAAGCAUCACACCUGGAAGGAGCAGAGUCCUUGGCUGUCUUCCUUGGUGAAUGCUGUGGGGACCAGCGUGCCUGCCAAGGGCUUCCCCGUGGGCGUGGAUGAGCAGGUGGUACACUGGAACCCACCCCGGUGUGGCGUGCCGGACCUCCCCACAUCGUUGGACGGACAGAACGGACGGAACCGGCAGAAGCGGUUUGUCCUCUCCGGUGGACGCUGGGACAAGACCAAUCUCACCUACAAAAUUAUCAGGUUUCCGUGGCAACUUGUAAAAACUAAAGUGAGAAGGACCAUCAAGGAAGCUUUGAAAGUCUGGAGUGAUGUAACCCCACUGACCUUCACUGAGGUGCAGGAGGGCCGGGCUGACAUUGUCAUUGAUUUCACAAGGUACUGGCAUGGAGAUAACUUGCCUUUCGAUGGGCCCGGAGGGAUCCUGGCACACGCGUUCUUCCCCAAGACACACCGGGAGGGAGACGUCCAUUUUGACUAUGAUGAGACCUGGACAAUUGGGAACAACCUGGGCACUGACCUCCUGCAAGUGGCUGCUCAUGAGUUUGGCCACGUCCUGGGCCUGCAGCACACAGCCGUCUCCAAGUCACUGAUGUCUCCUUUCUACAUCUUUCGCUACCCGCUAAGUCUGAGUGAGGAUGACAAGCAAGGUAUCCAGUACCUCUACGGGAAACCCAAGCUAGAUCCCAACCCAACCCCAACUCAGCCAGCAGACCUGCCCCACCCAGACCUCGAAACAAAUGAGAUCACCAACAUGGAGUCUGUGCAGCCCGACGCCUGCAACACAGCUUUUGACGCCGCAUCCACCAUUCGAGGGGAGCUGUUCUUCUUCAAGUCUCGCUAUGUGUGGCGGUUCCGAGCUGGAAAGCUGCAGGAUGGCUACCCAGCUUUGGCCUCCCGCCACUGGCAGGGGAUCCCCAGCUCUGUUGAUGCCACCUUCGAGGACCCUCUGGGCAAUAUCUGGUUUUUCCAAGAUUCUCAGUACUGGAUUUACGAUGGUGAGAGACGCGUAUCUGGUCCCACCCCGAUUGUGGAGCUGGGCCUCCCUGCAUCCCCUGUGCAGGCAGCUCUGGUGUGGGGAGCUGAGAAGAACAAGAUCUACAUCUUCACCGGAGGCAACUACUGGCGCUUCAAUCCUCACACGCGCCAGGUGGAGAACAUCUACCCCCGGACCAUGGCUGACUGGCGUGGCGUCCCUCAGGAGAUCGACGCGGCUUUUCAGGAUGAGUUUGGUUUUGCCUAUUUCCUGAGAGGCCGAGAUUACUGGAAGUUUGAUCCAGUCCAGGUGAAAGUGCUGGAGGGCUACCCACGCCACAUCAGCCAGGACUUCUUCAGCUGUUCACCUUCCUCCAACUCCUUCAGAUGAAGGGGGUGCUUCUGUCCUCUACGCUCCCCUUUCAUCACUGUUACUUCCAGCAGCCACACGGAGGGUUUCCUCUGGCGUUCCUGGCUUCCUUCCAGGAUCAGCAUCUGACACAACAUGUGUCUGUCACAAGUGACAAAGUUAGCUCAAGUUCCAGCAGCCGCAGCUUCAGUUGCCAUCAAUAUAAAAGCAUCCACCAUGUUCUUUGCAGGCAAGAGCAGCCACUAAACCCUCAAUGUGGCCACACUCUUCCAGCAAUAGCAAAAGCCAUCAAGCCAGCCUGGAACAGGAUCAUGCUCUCCUAAUUAACCUGGACGCCAUCACGUAGAACCGAUCUGGUGGCACGUCCAAUGUUUACAUAGCUCACAACAGCAGCCCUUUGCUGCUUCAGACCCUGGCCUGGGAGGAGGAGGGCUGAGACCCUGAGGCACCUCCCUCAGCCUUAGCCAGGGGCUUUGAAGGACACUGCCUGCAGAGAAAUGCAGACGUGCGGCUGCUGCCAGGGUCACUUCGCCAGGCCUGCAGCAGUGACUGUCAGGACCCUGUCGCAGCCCUACUCCCAGUUUUAUGUUGUAUCACUAGUACACGUUAGGAUUUUAUACUGAUUUAUAUAUAGACAAGGGGCCCCCUUCCUUCCACGGUGCUGGGUGCCAGUGCUGGACACUGCCCCAUCUCUCCCUGUGCCUGUACUGAGUUAGGUUCCCCAUCCUGGGUUGCUCAUGACUGCACUGAUCAGUCUCAUACCACUGUUCCCAGCCCACCUGGACACUGGGUUGGGGGCUGACACUGUACAGCACCACUCCAGCUCUUUGCACACCCCUCAUUGCUACAUAACCUCAUGCCAAAAAAGCCCAGAGGUGCUGCAGUCAGGUUUUUUUUCCUUUUCACCUUUCAACCCUCCCCGGCCCUCAGUUCCCCACCCCGGGGGACCGGCCAGAGACACCCCAGUGAGCAGGCCGGGCUACUGCCGGACCCGGGCCGCGGAGGGUGCCCGGUACCGCGGCCCGAGAGCCUCGGUGCCAGCCCCUCCUCACGAGAGCAGCUGCAAACGCCUGUAGAAGGCCGGCUGCCUCCCGCCUGCGCGCCAGCACGUACCCAGCCGUACCUGCGCACCGCUUGUAUUUACGUACCGCCCCGCAACAAUAAACCGCCUCUUCCCU